GUACUGUGGAGUCCACUGCGCUGACAGAAGCCACCUGUUCCACCAGACGUGCCUUGGAGCCGGUUACUGGAGCUCGUUGCAUGACCCUGAGUGAUUUAUCCCUUCUCAGCCUCAGGGUCUCUAUACGUCGGCUGGGGCUGCUCCUGGAGCCCUCGCAGACUGGGCUCCUCCAUGGCGUGCAGAUGACGCCUUCCUCUACCCCACUUCGAGUUCAGGCUUCUCCAGAAUGCUGGCUCUCAAGGUUGACUUAGACCCCGAUGGUCAGGCGGAAACCUCAGAAGACUGCCCUAGGAGCCCAGCUCUGCUUCAGGCCCUUACGAACUGCAAACAAUCAGAAGCCAAUUUGACAAGCUGGUGGAGGAUGCUGUCCGGAAUGAAUAGAGCAGUGAAGACCACAUCCAAAAGCCUUAGGACAUCCGCCUGAACUUGAAGAGAAUUUCAAUUGCAAGGGAUUCUUGCAAUUUUGUUUCACUCUUGGAGCACAAAUUGGAGCAUGUUGGUCAUGUCUGGAAGGAAAUCCAUCUUGACGCUUGUUCUGACAAAGAGAGAAGCACUUACUGAGUGCCGCUGUGGCUGGCCUGGACAACUCCUCGGAGGUAAAUGACUUCCGUUGUCCCCUUACAGAGAAGAUGCGAGCGCUGAGGCAAGCGAUAGGGGCGGCUGGAAUUGGCAGGCAGACUCUCACUGACUCCACCCAGAAGGUAGAAGAAAAUCCUCCUCGUACGGCUGGCAUAAACAGGACCCAGGAAGCUGGCGUAAGCUGCCCCAGGACACCCCAGCCAACUGGACACUGGAUUGUAGCCCGGGCGUGCUGUUCGUGGUGGCUGCCUGCGGCAUUCACUGACGUGACAAGCACCUUCACCAUAUCCGCCACUGUCCCUUCUCUCCUCCCAGGAUGUGAGACUGGCUGAGAGACAAGCCGAGCCAAGCAGUGCCCUGCCUACCUGCUAGAAUGUUCCUCAUGAAUGCCCCGCCAGUGGUGGCCCUCCAGUCCAGAUGGGAGGCCUUUGGCCAGCCCAGAAGCUUCCACCUUCCUGACUGCUUCUCAGAGUCCAAAGAGGACGUGGCCAGGGCCUCAGUGAGUGCCAGAGUGCAGAUGAUCAUCAGCACGCUGCAGCGGGACAAGGCUGUGCUGGGCAUGAGCAAUGAGCGCCCGGUGCAGAGAGGCCAGCGUGCGGAGAGGUGCCGGGGCACCAGACCAGCCGCCAGCCCCGCGGCGCGCAGGGAGCAGCCUGCCUUCCCCGCCUGCGGCCUGCCUGCCCACUGCGACCUCCUGGGGAAGGACCAAGUUGCCAGCCUCGGUUCCUCGGAGCCGGAUUCUGACAGCGAUGACUCCGUGGACCGGGACAUCGAGGAAGCCAUCCAAGAGUAUCUGAGGGCCAGGGGGGUCGCUUCCGGGCCUUUGUCUCAAGGAGCCCCUAUCCCCACAGAGCCUGCCCACAGCAGCACCAUACUCACCUUGGGUCCCCCAAAACUUGCCCUUAGCUCAGGCAGUGUCCCUGGUGAUUCUGUGGGAGCCAGUGCGGGCCAGGGUUCUACUUCUCCUGUGAGCGUGAGCAGUGAGGACUCCUUCGAACAGAGCAUCCGGGCAGAAAUAGAGCAGUUUCUGAGUGAGAAGAGACAGCAUGAGCCCCCCAAAGGUGAAGAGUCUCUGGAGAAAAAGUCAGACCAGAACCAAAGCUCGGUCCGACUGAAAGUGAACAGAGAGCCCCCAGCCCGGGCAGCACCUCAGCCUGCUCCAACGGGUACCUGUAAGGAAUUCGUCUUCCGCAAACCUCCCAGGCUAGCGAAGAUGAGCGGGCAGCCCAAGGACCCGGUCAGCACACGGCCAGCCGCCCCCAGGCCAGAGGCUACGCAGAGCCGGGGUGGGGCGAGGAGGAGCACGGCCGCCAGGCGCAGCCCACGCGUCAGGAGCUCAGCCCUGGUGCAGCCGGCGUCUGACUCCAGUAGCGACGAUGGCAUUGAGGAGGCCAUCCAGCUGUACCAGCUGGAGAAAACCAGGAAGGAGGCCGGCGGAGAUGUGCCACCCAGAGCCCAGCUCCAAGAGGAGAGAGGGCCCGACCCUCCUGCCACCAGCCCCAGCAGCACCCUACAGAGUGCCUUGCCCGAAGUCCACAGGAGACCCCCAAACAAGAAGAAGCCAGUGGCCCUGAAGGUUGUGGACUCCACCCAAGGGUGCCUCCACCCUGACCAGCCCUCCAAGCUCCAGAAGGAUGUCAAGGCCUCUGCACCCCCGGUGCACGCAGCGGCCAGGAGUGAGCCUGCUCACCGAGCCACCUGCCGAGCAGACACCUCUGCAGAGCUGAUGUGUGCCGAAGCCAUCCUGGACAUUUCUAAAACCAUCCUACCGGCCCCCGCCGAAGGAAGUGACAGGCCUCCUUCUGCCAGCCCGCUUCUCUCUCCCCCGGGCGUGGCUCCCCCCUCUGAUGGUGACAGCAGUGCCAUCGACAGCGAUGACAGCAUAGAGCAGGAGAUCAGGACGUUUCUGGCUCUCAAGGCACAGGUAGGGAGUCCGCAGCCUUCCCAGGGCCCGGCGUCCCCGCCCGGCCCCAAUAGCCAGCCUGGCAUCCUCAAGGCCCCUCUCUCCAAAACACCAGAUCUGCCUCUGAGCUGUAAGCGGAAGCGAAGAGGUAGAGGCAGCACUGCCAUGCCCAAGAAAACAAGAGGUGUGAGAGAAAGAGCCCAGGACAUUGACCACAAGGCCCAGCCGAGCCACGAUGGAAGAGAUCCACCCGGCCAGGCCAAACCCAGCGAGGCCCCAGGAGGGGAGAGUGAGGCCAGAAGACAGCUUUUGCCUCUCAACACAGUUGGGCUUAGUGACGGACAAGUGUCUCAAGGCCAUGGGAGUCAUACGAGGGCCAGUGAAGGGAGAGGUGCUGGUGAGAAAGAGAGCUCUGAGGACAAGAGCAGCUCACUGGACAGCGACGAGGACCUUGACACGGCCAUCAAGGACUUGCUAAGAUCCAAGAGGAAGCUCAAGAAGAGGUGCCGGGACCCCAGGGCUACGUGCAAGAAGAAGGUCAGGUUCGGCACCACAGAGAUGCGGUUCGGCGAGAAACCAGGCAGCCUCGCAGGAGACUGGAAAGACCAUGGUGGCCCGCAGGUGCUGCGGAGCUGUUUGUCCAAGUGCAGAAGGGACAGCAGGGAUGGCCCAGGGAGAGGCCACGUCUUCAGCAAUGUGGCAGAGAAAACGAAGCCAGGUGGUGCGGGAGGAGAGGAUGCGCCCCUGACCUUCCUGCCCAGGAGUAGAAGCCCAGGAGCAACUCUUCUCUUGAGGGACCAGGGAGGCAGUGAAUGUCCUGCGUUGGCCCCCCAGCCCGUGUCCGAGGACAGCUCUGUGGACAGCGAUGACAGCAUUGAACUGGAAAUCAGGAGGUUUUUGGCAGAAAAAGCCAAGGAGUCUGUGCGCGGUUCAGAACCUCGAGGAGAGAGCCCUGCCCCUCUCCAACUGGGCGGCCCUGCCAGGCCAGAGGCGCCCUGCAGGAAAGAGCCAACUCCGGGACCACAGCCCGGUGUGUGCACGCGAAGCCAGAGGGCCAGGGCAGCCCCCCAGCUGGCUGAAGGAGGAAGAGGCUCAGAGAGAGUUAGGGCUCAGGUGGCCAGCUUCUUGAGCCAUACUGGGAAGAGUACCCCUCGCUCCGAGCAGACUCCUCGCCUCCCUGCCGCUCCAGGCAGGUGUGAGCCAUCGCUGCCCAGGGGUGCCAGCGGCGGCAGCUCUGCCAAAGGACCUCCGGCAUGCAGGAGAAAUGUCUGCGCUCACAAAGACCAGAGUCUACAAGGUGCUGAGCCCAGCGUGGCGGAAAGUGCUUUCACCCAGCUGCCCAGAGGUUCUAAAGCGGGCACCACCGAAGCUGGGAGCGCCAGGGGGACCUUUCACGUGAACUACGGCAACCAGAGCUUGCUGACCCCCAGCCCGGGGCCUCAGGCAAACCUCACCCUCCCCUGGAACGACUUCACCCACCAGAGCAGGCUGCCCAACCCGUGGGCCCUGAACUCAAGUCAAGGCACAGCAUGGACAGGCGUCUUUGGGGGUGAGAAAGAGAAAGGUACCACUUCACAGGCCAGGGGCCCACCCAGCCUCACCUCGAGCCCCAGGAAGAACCUUCCCUCCUCGGGCUUCUCUCCCCUGCUCUCCACCCAGCUCUUCCACUUUGGGAAAAGCUUCUCCUGGGGGAGCAAACAGUCCAGCCUCUUCAGUCCCCAUCUGAGCCUCCCUCUGCAGGGCCCCGCCUUCUCCGCCUUCAGGGAGAGCCAGCCCGGCCGAGGCCCUGUGUUUGGAAACCCACAUCUGCUCGUGAAGAAGGACAGUGGCCACUGGCCGACCGGGAAGGCUCAGUGCAGCGUCAGUGUACGUGACAGGCGGAACUCGGGCUCCGAGGACAGCAUCCUAGACCUGAGGUAUGGACACAGGGCUGACAGGGACAACCAGGACCGGGAAGCACUGGGCAGUGACGCCAGUGAAUUCAGUGACGCCUCCGUAGAGGAGGGAGGCAGCAGCGCAAAGAAGGGCAGAGUCCUCAAGCUGUGACCCAGCGUCCUGGCUUCUCGCCAUGUUGGUAUGGAGGGUCCCUUCCACAGAGCCUUGUAUAAUAGGUACACUGACCUCAAGUGACAUUUUUAUUUAACAGAUGUGUCCUAGUCAAUACAGUUUUGUAGCUUUUUGUAAAUUAUUUAAAGUGCUGUAAGAAAUAUUUUUGGGAAACGUCAAUUUUGCAGGGCAUUCCUAACUGCAGCUUUCUGUGAUCCGCGUGCGUGUGGUAGAUUAGAAAACUUGGUUCUCACCGUCCCCUUAAGGGUCAAAGUCUGAGGCCAGUACCUUUGGCCUCUUGCCGGUGCAGAGAUGUUCAGGCCUGGGGACGGUGACAGCGGCCCACCUCAGAAGCACUAAAUGGCAGAGGUGUGUCAGGACACCUCUGGGACAGUACUUUUUAUAAAGGACCCAGUGCCUGACCUCUGAUGGCUGCAGUCCCAGCCUUCAAAACACUCCAAAGCACAACGGCCAGCGAGCAGCUGACCAAUCAUCCCCUGUCGCCUGCGGAACCCCUGCCGCUAGCUCUGCGGCUCAGCAGAGCCUGGAUCAUCCAGUGUCCAAUCUCGUCGAGUCACUGGAGGGCUCUAGCACCUAAAUCAGCCUCCUUCCGUGUGAGAGCCAUUCACUUUGGUUUUCAGUCCUGGCUCGAAGAGGUAACCGUGUGUACGUUUUGACUGUCCUGUUCUUACUGUGUGCACAAGUGAGUAGUGUCACCGUGAGGUAGCUUAGUCCCACAAACACCUUGGCCAUCUGUGAUGGAGAAGCCCAGCCAUGGAGAUACUGGGAAUGAGCCUGCCCUAUACCUGCUCUGAAAGACCCAGAACCCAGUUGGGUGUAACCAACAAUGCCAGCACUCCUCUUGGCUUUCUGCAGCCUUUGCCUCGCUGAGAAGAAGGAGAAGGGCCUGGCUAGGACUGAGCCCAGGCUGCAAGCACUGGCCCCAGGGGUUUGGCCAAGUGAUGCUACCUUGGCGCCACGGCUCCUGUUCGGACAGAAGCCAUGCUGAGCCCUAAGAAUCAUAACAUCUGCAUUGUGAGAUUGUCUGCUUGUCACCCUGAGUUUUGCAAGUCAGUGUCCUUGUUAAGCUGUGACUCAGGGUCUGUUUUGGUGGCUGAAUUCUGUUGGUAUUCUAAUGUGGAAGUGAGCUUCCUACCACGUGCGCCUGAGUCUUAACAGUCACUUCUGUGCACAAACACACGCUGCCCCCCCCCCUUUGAUGAGUGUUGUGUCAGAGCUGGGACACAGACCCCAGGGUCCUGUGACUGGCCUGAGUGGUCCUGGCGCCAGUGUAACAGCGUCUGCGCGCAUAUUCGUUCACCCGAGUGCUGCCGUUCUGGAGAAGCAGCUCUGUGUCAUCCGUACUCCAACUUUAAUUUUUUAAAGAGUGCUUUUAACCCUUGGAAACAAAAAUCCAUCUUGUUUUAUAUGUAAGAGCUGUUGGGGAUUUUUAACGAGUAAAUCAAGCACUACCCGCAAACGA